AUGCUCUCCUCAUCAUUUAAUAACAUGGAGCGUAUGCUUGAUGAUAAUCAUAAUAACCUGAUACAAACAGGAGAUAUGAUCACUAUUCAUGUGGACAAUAACAUAUCAAAACCAGCAACAUCAACAGAAGGACCUUCGGGAAGUUGUGAGUAUUUGACUGGUAAAUUUUCAAAGAGGGCUACUACACCUUCGUACUACCAUCUAUUGUACAAUGAUGCUCCAGUCUGUCCACCCGACUUUAUUAUCAAUAUUAAAUUAAUAGAUAUGAAUAUGACUACUGUAUCUAUCAAGGUACACAAAGUAUUUUUGGCUUUGGAAUCAUUGUAUUUUAGAACUUUGCUCAAUUCGGAAUUUACAGAGAGUACUAAUUCCGUUGUAGAAUUUGAAUUAACUUCUGUAGAAAAGGAUAUAUUCGAGCAAAUUAUUUUGAGAUAUAUUUAUGGUGAGAGAACUUUGGAUAUUGACAAAGGCUUACCAUAUGCCUGUACAUUAUGUCUUGCUCACUAUUUGCAAAUUUCUCCUCUGGAAUGCCAACUUUUGCAACAAAUGACAAAAACAUCAAAGUAUACCGAACAACAUUUAUUGUAUUAUUCACAACUUCGUGAUCACUCCAUGUUGGCUGUUAAUUCUUCCUUCCUUUCACAAUCACUGACUGCUUUCGGAAAAGACAUUUCAAAGAAACGUGAUGAAGUUAUGAAUUUACCAGUGGAAUUUUUCUUGUGGCUUGUUUCGUUGGACAAUCUGAACGUUAGCAAUGAGGAUGAAGUUUUUGAUCUCAUUCAAGAGUACAUUAUCAGAAAUGAAAAGUCCAUCAGACAAAAUAAUCCAGAAGGAUUUGAUCAAAAACCUGAUAUUAUUGAACAAGUUUGGUCAAAUGUGAGAGUUUGCUUCCUUUCCGAAACCAAAUUGUUGAGCUUUAUGGAUCAACCAUCUAUUUCUACAGAUCUCAAAAUAUCAAUGCUGAGAAAGAAGACAGUGUACAGCAUCUAUAAGGACAGAUACAAGAAGGUACUCGCCACUAAACAACAAGCAAGUACUGAAACUACUGCUGGAAAUGCAAGCAUGUCUGUCGAAACUAACAGUGGAACUAACAAUGAGAAUACUGUAGUCAAGAAGGAACCUGUACCAGCAACAAACGCUACACCUACACCAAGUGCUACCAUCAUUGCUAACGAGCUUAUGAUCAAUUUGGAUGAUCCUCAAUUCAUUAAGAGAGGAAACAUUUUGGAACAUUUAAUUACUGGAAGUAAGGGUGUCAUUCAAAUUUGGGAUGUCAAUACUACCGAAUGCCUUUCAACUUUCCCAACAGAUUCCUUUGUGAGAUGUCUUGCUCUGUACGAACGUCAUUACUUGUUCAGUGGUGGACACGAUAAGAAGAUUAAAAAGUGGAACUUGAGAACAAACGAAUGUGAAUUAGUACUCAAAGGUCACCAUGAUUAUGUUCUCUCAUUUGCCCUUGUAGAUGAUUGUUUGUAUAGUGCUGGUGGUGUUGGAGAUAGUACUGUUAAAAAGUGGAACUUGAAAUCUAAUCAAUUGGAGGCAUCUUUGGAGGGACAUCAAAAGGCAGUUCUCAGUCUUAUAACUUAUGGAGACAUGUUUGUAUUUUCUGGAGGUGAAGAUUCUACAAUUAGAAAAUGGAAUGUAAGAACAAACAAAUGCGAACUAACAAUUCAAGCAUCUGUUCAUGGUGAUGACAAACUUUGGUGCCUUGCCACCUUUGGAGAUUCCUUAUUUGCAGGUGGAUCCAAAGGAACUAUUUAUCAAUUCAAUGUAAAUGACGGUAGACUUGAGAGAGAAUGGUCAGCUCACGAAAAUAUUGUCUGGUGUUUGCUUGUACAUGAAGAUUAUCUAUUCUCUGGCUCAAAGGACAAAUGUGUCAAGAGAUGGAAUCUCAAUACACCAAACACUGACAUGGAAGGAGCCGAUCCAACCAAUACGCCCUAUGUUUGUGAGGCCAUCAUGAGAGAACAUACUGAUUCUGUAAGAAGUCUCAAUGUCUGUAAUAAUUACUUAUUCAGUGGAGGUGGUGACGAAAAGAUCAUCAAAUGGUCUCUUCUCACAAACCAGAAGGAAGCUGUGGUCACGGCAGCUGAAUAUAUUUGUUCUGCUCUGUUGGCUUAAUGUGCUAUAAUUCAUUCAAUGGCGACUCACUUUUAUGUUUUGAGAUUUAUGGCUAGUUUGAAUGGCCACAUGUGGUUCUAUAAUAAACGCGCAAAAGUAUCUCUU